AUGAUCCUCACGCAGUGCGCCGUCUGCGCCACCGAGCUUGGCUUAUCCUUGGGCAAGAAAUGCGGCCGCUGCAGCACCCGCUACUGUGGGGCUGAAUGCCAGGUGCAGCACUGGAAAGAGGGCGGCCAUGACCAGCUCUGCAAACCAAUAAAAAAGGCUGGUGGCGCUGAACAAUACAACGCAAAUAAGAAGUACUCGGAGGCAGUCGCGGUCGCGGCGGAGGCGUGCGCGGACGACACCAAGGGCCAGACGUGCUACAUCUGCACGCAAGCUUUGCAUUGGAAAACGAAGGAGGGCCUCGUGCGCGGGUGCGCGUGCCGUGGGACAGCGGGUUUCGCGCACGUGUCGUGCUUGGCGGAGCAGGCGAAGAUUUUGGUCGCGGAAGCCGAGGAGAACAAUCUGGACGCCAAGGCGUUUGGUGAGAGAUUUGAUCGUUGGCACACGUGCAGCUUGUGUGAGCAAAAAUACCACGGCGUCGUGAAGUGCGCGCUCGGAUGGGCGUGCUGGAAGACAUACAUGGGCCGGCCGGAGACGGAUAGAUUUUGGCUCUUGUCGAUGAGGCAGCUCGCAGGCGGUUUAUACGCGGCAGGCCACUAUAACGACGCGUUGUCCGUGCAAGAGGCUAAUUUGUCUAUGAUGCGGCGCCUUCACGUACCAGAAGGGGUCCUUCUUGACGUGCAGAGCAAUCUCGCGACAACGUAUGCAAGCCUGGGACGGCAUGAGCGGGCACUGCAGAUCAAACGGGAUGUAUACUCCGGACGUUUGAAGUUACUGGGCGAGGAGCAUGAGAGCACCCUCCGAGCGGCCAACAACUACGCGUCGUCCCUUAAGGAUCUAUCGCGCUUCGAAGAAGUCAAGUCACUAUCACGCAAAGUGGUUCCUGUGGCACGACGUAUUCUCGGCGAUAGUAAUGACGCCACGCUCAGGAUGCGGUCGAUGUACGCGGAGGCGCUCUGCCGGGCCGACGGCGCGACGCUCGACGAUCUCCGCGAGGCCGUGACGACGCUCGAAGACACGGCACGGAUCGCAAGGCGCUUGAUGGGCGGCACGCACCCGGUCACAGCGGGGAUUGAGGAAUUCCUGCGAAACGCGCGAGCCGCGCUCGCCGCCCGCGAAACGCCGCCGACGAGUAAAAAAUAA